UCCCAUUUAUUUAUAGAUCUCGGGAGCGUGCGUUAUCCGGAGUCUUUCGGGGCGUCGGUCCUCAGUUUCCAGGUCGAGGCCAACCAUUUCAGAACGUCCUGCAGUUACCCUCCUCCGCCCGUUGUAGUCGACGACGUUCAAAUUAUUCGCCCUCAAAAUUUCGUUCAGCCAAGAAAGAAAUUCCUGAAACUCUUCUGUGGGCUAUUGUGUCUAAUUAGAUUGGCAUACAGAGCCUAUCACUCAUAUUGUACAGCUGCUGGAUUGCCUGUGAUGAUAACAGUCCCGCCCAGCAACACCCAACUAGAUACAAGUAUCGUAGGUGACUAGAAAUCGAAGAACGCAUCCCUAACGCAAUCAUUUCGCAUCAAUCACAACUGGCGGUUGUGCCUCGCCCGUCGAUGCUCGAGACGUCAUUUGUAAACACGUGCGGCUGGCAGUUAUAAGUAUAAGGCAGCCAGCAAAUAGGGAGAACUACUACGCCAUUGGAGCGUCCGUCAGUCGUCCAGCCAGAAGCAACAGAAGAAAAAACAAAGCAGAAAAGCAACCACAAAGCUUUAAAAAAAAAAAAAGAUGCCGACAUCCACUGCGAGCUUAUCGUUGUCUCGGCCAGGCAGUAGCAGAAACACAGGCACCAGUGUCGGUCAGCCGCAGCAGCUGCCACAGCAGGCCAGUACUGGGCCGAUUGUACCGCCUUGGCGUAGAGUGUCUCGACAGGAAAGCGCUAAUAAUUCCAGUGGUCGUCUUAUAAUUCCACCACCACCUCCACCGCCAUCAAUCAUGGCUGCUCCACCACCACCACCUCCACCGCCGCCACCACCACCUUCAGCAGUUCAGAAACGAGAUAUUCCGGAACAUGUGGCAGUCAAAUUGGAACAGUACAAGAAGACGCCUCGUAAACGGCCCGACUGGGCGUCGAUGAUGAAGGAGAUCGAAGUAGGUAAACAACUGCGGCGGGUGCAGACGAACGACAGGAGCAAGCCCAUCUUACCCCAAGCCAAAGCCAAAGGAAAGGUACUACCCGGUCAAAGCUUUACGCCCAUCACUUGCCCAGACGACACUGCCAACGAUGCGAACACGAAAGAAGUGUUCGUCUACGAAUCAGAAAAACCUACCAGCGACUGCGUGGCAAAUCAGAUUCUGUUGGAAAUCCAGAAAGGUGUUCGAUUGAAAAAGACAAAGUGCAACGACCGAUCUCGGCCCAUUUUAAAUGGUCUGGGUGUUUUCCGAAGGCAAGUGAGCACGGUGGAAGCAGAUCCAGCAGAGCCAACCACUCCUUUGAUCGAACCGGAAGCUGAUUACGAUGACAUUGAUAAAGUUCGUGACGACCUACAAUCCACUAAGCAAUUGCUUGAAAUUGAAUUGAUAAAUCGUCGUAAAAUUGACGAGGAAAAUGCCAAAUUGCAAAGCGAAAUUCGUCGGUUGAAGGAAGAACUUGCUGGUGGCGGUAGUCACAAACCUUCAUCAUCAAUCGCUCCAUCUUCCGCCACGACGAGGAGGUCUUCGUCGACGAAUCACUUUGCACCGGAAACACCUUCCAUACUAAAGAAGUCCACGUCAAAAUUGGCAAUGAUGAACAGAAAUAAACCAGUAAAAAAGGACUCGAGUGACGAAGAUGAUGAUUCCGACGAAGAUUUCGGAGAUCUCGAUGCUGUUGAAGAAGAAAUGAAUGCCUUGAGGGGUCAAGCUGAAUUGGCUCGCAAAUCUGCGGAAGAAUUUGAAUCGCGUUACAAGGAAGCAGCCAAUCAAUUAGUGACCACCCAAGCGGAAAUGGAAGAUCUUGAAAUGAAAGUGGCUGUUUUAAAGAAGAAGCUCCGCAAAGCUCAGGAGCUCAAUGGUGGCGGUGAGCCAGAAGAAACAGAGUUGCGUGAUUUCGGGACUCAGACGGAUCCAAUCGAACCACCACCAGUCGUGGACAGUCGUCCGGCCCGAUCCAGUAGCAGGCGUGAUUUGCGGAAACAAAUGUCAAGGCAGGAUUCCCGCGGAAGUAACAUCAGUUCGGCCAAUAACAAUCCGAUGGAAUCAAGUGAAGACGAGGAAGAAGAAGAAGAAGAGGAUGAAAGCACAGCGUAUCUAAAGGCACAGAAACGGGAGAUUUCCCUUUUGGCCUCGAGAUUGCGCUCCACUAAGGAUAAGGAGAAAAACGUGCGCAAUGAGCGGAUCGCGCUUCAUCUCCAAUUGAAGAAAUUCCGCAACGAUCUUAAAGACGAAAAAAAGAAGUAUGCCGCAUUGAAGAAGGAAGUCGAUGGUAUGGCCGUAAUGAUGAACGAACUUGGGGAAGAUGAGAAAGUCGAAUUUGUAGUUGAAGAAAUAGAAGUUACAGACAGCGAAGAAGAAGAAGAGGAGGAGGAGGAGGAGGAAGAAGAAGAGGAAGAGGACGAAGACGAUGAUAUCGAUGAUGUAGAGGACGAGGAGAGUGACGAGGACACGGAAAGUGACGAAAUGGAAACUCGCAUGGAAAAAUAUAAUGAGCGAUUGCGUAACCAUGAUAACACGCUGAGUACUCUGAAAAAAGGCAAUUACUUGCUAAAAUCCAAAGUGGACAUGGCUCAAGAGGAGUUACGAAAAGAGCGCAGCCGUUAUUCUGCCCUAGAAAUCGAACUGAACAAUUGUUUGGCCGAGCUAGGCUAAGUUUCGGUUUAAGCCAAUUACAAUUAUACGCAUACAUAUAAUAUAUAUAUAUAUAUAUCUAUCUAUCUAUCUAUCUAUCUAUCUAUCCAUCCAUCCA